AACAUUUACCAACAUAUUAUCACACACUGAUACGAAUUUAACGAGCCCAUUAUUAACGACAUGGCUUGGAAAACAACAAACGAAUAAAAUAGAUGUUAGAUUUAUUGAUGGCUUCACAACAUACAACCGUUUGCGUGACAAAUGACAGUGUUUUCGAAUUUGACCUAUUUUGUAGACACAGAAACACUUUAUUUGAUGAAAAAGUCGGAACAUAAAACCAUUUAUCUCCUUGAAGUGACAGGUUCGAUUCGCUAUAAAUUCCCGAGUGACCUUAUUAACGGAUCCAAUGUGAUGUUGGGGAGGUACUCCGGUAGCUGCACACUAGCUGACGGUGGCUUCUACCCUAUUCUACAACUUCACCGACGACAGGUCUAACACAGGACACCAAGAACCACGUGAUGAAACAUUACGUUUAAAACACCUACGCUGUAAUUCUCGGAGAGCCAUUCCGCACAGCCGGACCGACGACCUGGUGCUGAUGUUGGCGGAUUGAAAAGGAUCGGGCGAAAUACCAUCAACACUUACGGGCCUAGAAUAUGAUUGAUGCCAUUCUCUACAUCCACUUGAAUGGAUGUAUGGAACAACUGGUAUGACAGACAUCUCACCGGCUGAUGUAACUACAACUAUGGAGAGAGUCAGGAUCUGUGUUGGAGGGACUCAUUUUGUCACAACCAGGGAAACAUUGAAUAAGUAUCCAAGAACACCAUUGGCUGAACUGAACAAGUCAUGUGACAAUUUUGACGAUUCAGAAAACGAGUAUUAUUUCGAUCGUGACCCGGCUGUGUUUGCGUGCAUUCUGAACAUGUACAGGACGAAGGAGCUUCAUGUCACCCAAGCCCUUUGUGGUAAUGCUGUCAGAAAUGAACUGGAGUUUUGGAAGAUUCCCGAAACAGUUAUCGCCCCUUGUUGUUGGCGGACUCUCCACCAGGUGGACCAAGACAAGGAGAUACUGGAUUCAUUGAAUAAAGGCAACAUGAAGGGAGACAAGUCUGAAAAAUCGUGUCAUUCUUGGCGUUUUCGUGUGUGGAGGUGCAUGGAACAGCCUAAUUCUUCCCUGACAGCAAGGAUCUGGAACGUCAUACUGGCGCUGAUGAUACUACUGGCCUCCAUCGUGUAUUGUCUGGACACUGAACCAGGUCUUAGAAUCAUGCCAGAAAACGGGACCGAUGAGUACUGGACGUACCGGUAUGCCCAGAAGACAAACAUAGACAACAGAAUUCUCCUCCUCAUAUUCACGGAUUAUAACAAAAUCAUAUAUAUCAUUGACUUCAUAUGUCUUCUCUUCUUCUCUGCUGAGCUGGUCGUGCACCUGCUGGUCUGCCCAAUUCUACGUUUGUUCUUCUGCAGUAUCAUCAACUGGAUUGACAUCUUGACCGUUCUCAUCGGCUGGUCAGUGUUCGUGCUGGAAGAGGGUAGCAGCCAGGAUCUGUUUGAGGACGUCCAAACCGCGUUUUAUAGCUACAUGGUUUUCAAGAGUCUCUAUGCCAUCCGUAUCUUUAGGAUCUUUCGCCUAAUGCAAAGCAAUUCAAACCUACGUAUAAUCUUUCUGUCUCUCAUGGAGUGCAAGAGGGAACUGAUUCUGCUAGUUCUUUCGUUUUUCAUUUUAGCUACAAUAUUUGGAUCAUUCGAGUACUUUUGUGAAGGGACAAAUAGCAAGUUUGAGUCCAUACCGCUUGCCAUAUGGUGGGCAUUGGUUACCAUGACAACCGUUGGGUAUGGUGACAUGUACCCUACAACGACCUGUGGAUAUGCCGUUGGUUCUGUCUGUGCAUUGUUUGGUGUUUUAGCUCUAACACUACCCGUUGCUGUUAUCGCCACCCACUUCAGUGAUUACUACACAGUCAAUCAGUGGAGGUCCAAGGCCAAGAAAAGAAAACAACGACUAUUGUCUGGUGAGUGUCAAUCUCAGAGGGAAUGAGCGAAUUACGGUUUAACGCUGGACAGUACUCCUGCAAUAUCCCAAUUAUGAAAAGGGCUUCACAUGUGGUUGCCGUGUAGGUCUUUCGGCGUGACAGGCAAACGGUAAUCACUAACUUCUUUGAGAGGCAUUGCUGGGCAUACACCGAAACGUUGCUCUCACAGCGAUAAGGAAGUUGUUCAUCCAUAUAUUGUUAUCCUUCCGGUAUUCACUGUCCUUCCGCUACCCCACCGCACUGUCAUAAGAAUGGAUAGCACAUACGUUUAUGGUAAGAGCAUGGGC